UUACUUCACGGUUGCUAAUUUCCAUCUCAGAAGUAACUUUUUACCACUGACUACUACUAGGUAGGUCUCUACGAAAUAUAAAAUAUCCCCAUAGAAAAAAAAUCACUAACAAACAAUCGACUAUUGUGGUAAGCUGUUUUUUUAAACAGCCACUAACAUAAUCAGCUAAUAAAAGCAGAGCUGAAAUGCGCGGUUAAUUGUAUGAGAAUCCAAAUUAAACACCCGCAUCUUCUGCUGAUCCAACAUCUGCUUUAGCCUGGCCCCAGCACACGACAAGCUCACUGCUACAGAAGAUCUGCUUCCAUCAGAAGGUUCGUCCAAGUGUGGGAAUGGCACUGGUCGAGGGGAUAGCCACUUCAAGUGUACUUGUGUUUUACGUGAACGGGGUCAAGGUGGAAGAUGGUAACGUGGACCCCGAGAUGACGCUCCUGACCUACCUCCGCACCAAACUCCGACUGACCGGAAGUAAACUCGGCUGUGGAGAAGGCGGAUGUGGUGCCUGCACAGUCAUGGUGUCUGAAUAUGAGCCUGAGAAGAAUCAAAUCAAACACUAUAGCAUCAACGCCUGUCUGGCUCCCGUCUGCUCCAUGCACGGACUGGCUGUGACCACAGUGGAGGGGAUAGGGAACCUCAGCAACAUACACCCCGUACAGGAGAGGAUCGCUAGGUUCCACGGGUCACAGUGUGGUUUCUGCACCCCCGGCAUUGUGAUGAGCAUGUACACGCUACUGAGGAACAACAACAACCCAACCACCAGGGAGAUGGAAGAAUACUUUGAUGGGAAUCUAUGUCGCUGUACAGGUUACAGGGCCAUCUUAGACGGAUUUAGAACUUUUACUAAGGAGUUCAAAUGUGCCAUGGGCGAGAACUGCUGCCAAAAUAAAAGUUCGAAUCAGAUCGUAGCUAAUGGUAGUGCCAGCAACGGUCACGUGAAUGGCAGCGUCACUAACGGUGGUGAUGACGUCACAGACUGUGCUACACGCCACAGAUUGGAGAUCAUUGGACCAAAGAUAGAUAACCUAAAGCCUUAUAAUCCUAACCAAGAGCCGAUAUUUCCACCUGACCUAAAGGUGAACUACCAGAAAUACCACAGAGACUCGCUUCACUUCUCUAACGGAAAUGUCGCCUGGGUACAGCCCCAGACAUUAGAACAACUUCUCAACCUGAAGGCUAAAUAUCCUAAGGCUAAAAUUAUGGUCGGAAAUACGGAAAUAGGGAUCGAGACAAAGUUCAAGAACAUGAAGUACCCAGUCCUAGUGUCAGCCACGCAGGUCAAAGAACUGCUCACCCUGUCGCACGUGCCAGAUGGUCUGAGGGUCGGGGCCUCGGUCACACUCUCACAGCUACACGAGGAACUUCUGAGGUCAAUCAACUCUCUACCUGAGUAUCAAGUGGGCGUUUUUGUGGCUAUGGCUGAGAUGUUGAAAUGGUUUGCCAGUCACCAGAUCAGGAAUGUAGCUUCAGUUGCUGGGAAUAUAAUGACUGCAAGUCCAAUAUCAGACCUAAACCCCCUGUUUUUGGCCUCUGGGACUUCAGCUGUGGUCCAAUCUAAAGAAAGAGGUCGCAGAGUUUUAAAAAUAGACAAGAACUUCUUCUGUGGCUACAGACAAACAUCAGUGGCAGAAGAUGAGAUCUUGGUGUCAAUCACAAUACCCUACACCAAGAAGGGCCAGUUUUUUAACGGUUACAAACAGGCCAAUCGGAAGGAUGAUGACAUAUCCCUAGUUAAUGCAGGUAUGAUGGUGACCAUAUCAGAGGCUAACAAGAUCACAGGCUUGACACUGGCUUAUGGAGGGAUGGGGAUCAAAACUCUACUUGCAAGCAAGGCAAUGGAAAGUGUUAUAGGAGAUGAAUGGAAUGACAAGCUGGUGACUAAAGUUUGUGACUUGUUGUCUGCUGACCUGCCACUGACACCAGGGGCACCUGGUGGUGUUGUAGAAUACAGACGGGCAUUGACCAUGAGUUUUUUCUUCAAGUUUUAUGUCUACGUCUACGAGAAAAUACACAGAACCCGUAAUUUCCUAGACCUGAGUUCAAUUCAGCCAUUGGAAGCUUCAACAAGUACCUCGAUGCAGGUGGUGGGAGGAACAGAUUCUAGAGAAUCAUUAGAGUGUGUUGGGAAAUCCAAUGUCCAUUUGUCAGCUUUACAGCAGAGCACUGGAGAGGCUGUCUAUAUUGAUGAUAUGGCACCAGAGGAGGGAGAACUCUUCAUGUCGCUUGUGACCAGUACCAAAGCUUAUGCUAAGAUACUCAGCAUUGACCCCUCUGCUGCUCUGAAUGCCCCAGGUGUUGUAGAUUUUGUGUCUGCCAAGGAUGUCCCAGGUGCUAACCACUUGGGGAUAGUCAUGCCUAAGAUCUUUGAAGACACUGAGGUGACCUGUCAGGGGCAGAUAAUUGGUGCCAUUGUUGCUGAUACCCAUGAUCAUGCUAGAAGUGCAGCUAAACUUGUGAAGGUGGAAUAUGAGGAGAAAAGACCUCUGAUCAUCACCAUGAAUGAUGCUAUCAAACACAAGUCAUUUUUCAAUCCUGAAAAAACUUUGACCAUUGGUAAUGUUGAAGAGGGAUUUAAAUCCUGUGAUCACACCCUAGAGGGGAGUGUUAGAAUCAAUGGACAGAAUCAUUUCUACCUGGAAACUAUGUCCACCAGAGUUUUCCCUAGAGAAGAUAAGGAAGUGGAGGUGUUUACAUCUACCCAGAAUCCCUCAGAAGUACAGGCACAGAUUUCAGAGGCUUUAGGUGUGCCUUUAAAUAAAGUUGUCAUACGAGUAAAAAGGAUUGGUGGUGGUUUUGGUGGGAAAGAAAGCCAGGGAGCUUUGUGUGCUGUGCCCACAGCUGUAGCUGCAAGAAAAUUAGGAAAACCAGUGCGCUGCAUAUUUGAAAGAGAUGAAGAUAUGGUAGCCACAGGAAAUAGACAUCCUUUUAUGGGAGUGUAUAAGGUUGGCUUCACAUCAAAUGGAAAGAUUAUGGCCCUUGAUUUAGAGCUAUACAACAAUGGUGGAAACAGUGUUGAUCUUUCCCUUGCAGUAUUAGAAAAAGCAGUUCUUGAAACUGAUUCCUCCUAUCGCUUUGAAAACUUGCGAGUUAUUGGGAGAAGCUGUAAAACAAAUAUUAUGUCCAACACAGCUUUCAGAGGAUUUGGUGGAGUCCAGGCUAAUUUUAUACUUGAAUCUGUAAUGGAUGAUAUUGCUGCUUUUCUGAAAGAGGACCCUGUUCAGGUUCGACAAAAAAACUUUUUCCAACCUAAAGAUGUAUCACACUUUAACAUAUCAGCUGGUGGAGACUGCAUCAGGAGAUGUUGGGACAUGUGUAUGAGUAAAAGUGAUUACAUUCAUAGAAGGAAGGAAGUUGAUGAUUACAAUGAAAAAAAUCGUUGGAAAAAGAAAGGAAUUGCUGUUACUCCGCUAAAAUUUGGAAUUUCUUUUGCUCUUAAACAUAUGAAUCAGGCUGGUGCCUUAGUGCACAUUUAUAAAGAUGGUUCAGUUCUAAUAGCACAUUCUGGUAUUGAGAUGGGCCAGGGGCUACAUAUUAAAGUUAUGCAGAUCGCUAGUGAGGUUUUUGGGUUACCUCUGUCCAGAAUUCAUAUCCAAGAAACAUCUACAAGCACCGUACCAAAUACGUUUCAAACAGCAGCCAGUGUUAGCACUGAUCUAAAUGGAAUGGCAGUCAAGUAUGCUUGUGAGACAUUGAAAGACAGACUAUCACCUUAUAUAAAAGCCAAGCCAAAAGCCAGCUGGGAUGAAUGGGUAAAAGAUGCCUUCUUGGACAGGGUGAGCUUGUCAUCCACAGGAUUCUAUGGAACCCCAGAUGUAGGUUAUGACAUAGAAACCCAUACUGGAAAGCCCUUUGCCUACUAUACUUUUGGGGCAGCUUGUACGGAGGUGCAGAUUGAUUGCUUGACUGGAGACCACAAGCUACUACGAACUGAUAUUGUAAUGGACAUAGGCCAAAGCAUUAACCCAGCCAUCGAUGUCGGACAAAUAGAAGGAGCAUUUACACAGGGCUGCGGACUCAUGCUGUUGGAAGACAUCAAAGUGACUCCUGAUGGAACUCACCUAACCAGAGGCCCAGGAAACUAUAAAAUUCCUUCAUUUGGAAAUAUCCCUGCCAAAUUUAAUGUCUAUUUUGUACCAGACAGUCCAAAUCCUAAAGCUGUAUUCUCAUCUAGGGGCAUAGGAGAACCCCCUCUACUUCUUGCAUCCUCUGCAUUAUUUGCUAUCAAGGAUGCUAUAAGAGCAGCAAGGAAAGAUGCAGGAGAGUCAAAUAGGUUUACUCUACACAGUCCUGCAUUGCCAGCAAACAUACGCAUGGCUUGUGCAGACUCGUUUAGCUCUUUAAGCCAGUUUCCUGAAAUUAAUGAAGAUUCUUAUCAACCUUGGACUGUGGAUUUGUAAUGUUCAAGAACAAAAAUGGACACAGAAGUAAAAAAAAAUGUAUUGUUAAUUAAUCAGAAAUGUUUACAAAUUCAUUAAUUGAUAACAUUUAAAUAAUAAAGACGCAUAAUCAGCUUUAAUUUUGCCACCAGC